UUGUGAAAACCACCGCUAAGUCAAAGCCAAAAUGGGAAAGGAAAAGACUCAUAUUAACAUCGUCGUCAUUGGACACGUAGAUUCGGGCAAGUCCACUACUACUGGCCAUCUGAUCUACAAAUGUGGUGGGAUCGACAAAAGAACUAUUGAAAAGUUUGAGAAGGAGGCUGCUGAGAUGGGAAAGGGCUCCUUCAAGUAUGCCUGGGUCUUGGAUAAACUGAAAGCUGAACGUGAGCGUGGUAUCACCAUUGAUAUCUCCCUGUGGAAAUUUGAGACCAGCAAAUAUUACGUGACUAUUAUCGAUGCCCCAGGACACAGAGACUUUAUCAAAAACAUGAUUACAGGCACAUCACAGGCUGACUGUGCUGUCCUGAUUGUUGCUGCUGGUGUUGGUGAGUUUGAAGCUGGUAUUUCCAAGAAUGGGCAGACCCGUGAGCAUGCUCUUCUGGCUUACACACUGGGUGUGAAACAACUGAUUGUCGGUGUUAACAAAAUGGAUUCUACUGAGCCACCCUACAGCCAAAAGAGAUAUGAGGAAAUUGUUAAGGAAGUCAGCACCUACAUUAAGAAAAUUGGCUACAACCCUGACACAGUAGCAUUUGUGCCAAUUUCUGGUUGGAAUGGUGACAACAUGCUGGAGCCAAGCGCUAAUAUGCCUUGGUUUAAAGGAUGGAAAGUCACCCGUAAAGAUGGCAAUGCCAGUGGAACUACACUGCUUGAAGCUCUGGAUUGCAUCUUGCCACCAACUCGUCCAACUGACAAACCCUUGCGUCUGCCCCUCCAGGAUGUCUACAAAAUUGGUGGUAUUGGUACUGUCCCUGUGGGCCGAGUAGAGACUGGUGUUCUCAAACCUGGCAUGGUGGUCACCUUUGCUCCAGUUAACGUUACAACUGAAGUAAAGUCUGUUGAAAUGCACCAUGAAGCUUUGAGUGAAGCUCUUCCUGGAGACAAUGUGGGCUUCAAUGUUAAGAAUGUGUCUGUCAAAGAUGUUCGUCGCGGCAAUGUUGCUGGUGACAGCAAAAAUGACCCACCAAUGGAAGCAGCUGGCUUCACUGCUCAGGUGAUUAUCCUGAAUCAUCCAGGCCAAAUCAGUGCUGGUUAUGCCCCUGUACUGGAUUGUCACACAGCUCACAUUGCUUGCAAGUUUGCUGAGCUGAAGGAAAAGAUCGAUCGGCGUUCUGGUAAGAAGCUGGAAGAUGGCCCUAAAUUCUUGAAAUCUGGUGAUGCUGCCAUCGUUGAUAUGGUUCCUGGCAAGCCCAUGUGUGUUGAAAGCUUCUCUGACUAUCCUCCUCUGGGUCGUUUUGCUGUUCGUGAUAUGAGACAGACAGUUGCUGUGGGUGUCAUCAAAGCAGUGGACAAGAAGGCUGCUGGAGCUGGCAAGGUCACCAAGUCUGCCCAGAAAGCUCAGAAGGCUAAAUGAAUAUUAUCCCUAAUACCUGCCACCCCAGUCUUAAUCAGUGGUGGAAGAACGGUCUCAGAACUGUUUAUCACAAUUGGCCAUUUAAGUUUAAUAGUAAAAGACUGGUUAAUGAUAACAAUGCAUCGUAAAACCUUCAGAAGGAAAGGAGAAUGUUUUGUGGACCAUUUUUUUUGUGUGUGUGUGGCAGUUUUAAGUUAUUAGUUUUUAAAAAAUCAGUACUUUUUAAUGGAAACAACUUGACCAAAAAUCUGUCACAGAAUUUUGAGACCCAUUAAAACAGAGUUUAAUGAGAAACCUGUGUCUUCUUUUGGUCAGCCCUGGAACUUCAAUAGAAAUGCUUAGGCAAAGGACAUAACAGUUUCUCAUCUAUCGUGUGAGAUAUUUUGCAUGGGAACUGAGUUUUUUCCCACCUGUUUCAAAGGGAGCAGAAUCUUUCAAGGUCUUAGUGUAAAAGUAUGAGUGCUGUGUUGGUUGCAACGCUUGGUUAGGACAGAAGCAAUUUUGUUUACAUGUGAUUUACUUUAGUAAAGCCAAAGGCCACAUAGUACAAAAUCUUGUGUGUAGUUAACAUCAGUAGAGUAGAAUUUCAAAUUUCAGUUUUCUAAUUUUUGGAAUGUGCAUUUUUCAUUAUUGCAAACAUUGUAGCAGUUGAGCCUUAAAUGUGAGGUUUAUAGAGUGUUGGGUAGUACCCCGCUUCUAGGAAAAAUAAUAGUGGAAGCUGAGUGUGUUUACUGUCAUGAGAAAUAGAAACCUAAUUUGAAAAGGCAUUAAAUCUAAAGUGUAAGAUUACGUGAAAAGUUAACAUUGCCGAACUAGAGAUGUAAACACAAAGUUUGAAGUACAGUGGUAAAUAUUAAAGCCUAAGUGAGGGGAAGAACCCAUUUUGAAAGUUCCACUAAGUGCUAUCCAAAAGUUUCUGGGAACAAGGCAGUAAUAGAAAAGUAGUACUUAAAACAUUAACGGUCAUAAUUUGGUAGCUAAAAAUUGGCAAAGUGGACAAGAUUAAUUACUGCUGAGAUAAUUGGUAUCUUGUCAGUUGUCUGGCAGAACUUGAGGUGCUGGUUGAUCACUAGCAAUGAAUGGUGAUCAUAGGCUUAACAGGUAGUGGGUCUUUUUGACAACUAAGGAAACCAGUCUAUUAAAGUACCUGGUUUUGGCCAGUUAAGUGAAUCUUAACACUUGUGCAUUUGAAAACAUUUUGGCAAAAUGACAUAAGAUAUGUGUUCGACAAGGCAAAUUUAUGCUAAGCAGAGUUUAAGGGGGUUCAAGAGACAAGGCUUUAUAGCCACUAGCAACAUGGAAUAUCUUGGCCAAAAUUCAAAAAGUACCCCAUUGAUGUAAAGUGGCCAUAGAUAAAACUCAAAUUAUAGUUGAAUUGUUAUCUACCUAAUUUAAGCUUAUAUCUGGGUAAAAUGCUUUCCUGCUGACAUUGAUGGGGGCUGUAAACUGAAUGACUAAAAGUUUUGUCCUCAGUUUCAUGAGUUAACUUGGCCCCAUGUUCAGAGUACUGCCUAUCUACUUGAUUAUAAAAGAAAAGGUAGGUAAAGUCCUUCAGAUUGUAAAAGAAAAGGUAGGUAAAGUCCUUCAUAGCUGGAUAAUAGAGGAUAGCUGAAAAUGGAAGAUUGACAAACCUGUAGGAUUUAUCACUUACCCUCAAAGAAUUAGGUUUUAACUGGAACAUUGCUACCACCAGUAGAGUCCCAGAAACCUUGAGGUUAAUUGUAUACUGAGAUUCAUUUAUGAAGCCCAGUACAUGGAUGCUUCAAACAGUUGUCUGUUUUGAGCACCACCUACUGGUAAGUCAUUACAAAUGAGCUUAAGACAAUGGGUGAAAUUUUAAACGGAUGAAAUAGUAUUUUCUCUACAGUAAUUAUUGUUUGAAUUUAUUAAAAGCAAGAUAUUUUUGAAUGGUUUUCAAAGGUGAAAAACUUAAUACCUCAAACUAGUGCUUGACUUUAGGUUGUCUGGCUAUAUGUUAUGGUUAUAAGUAACCCCAGAUGUGGACUUGUUAAAAUCUGCUGCUAGGAAUUCUGUUGUAAUUUCAGAAUAUGAAAGGAGGGGCUGGCCAGUUAGCUCGGUUGGUUAGAGCAUGGUGUUAUAAUAAUAUGGAUCCCCUUACUGGCCAGCUGCCCUCCCCCCCAAAAAGAGAUGUGGUUAGCUUUUGUUUUUUCUCAUUGCUCAUCCUAUUCCCAGAAUAGGAAAUCCAAAAUUACUGGUUUUGGGCCAUGUCAGAAGUCAGUAUUAGGCCCCUACUUUUCCCACAGUAGUAGGAAUAUUUGAUAUUUACCUCCCAAAUCUCAGAUGCAUCAGGCCUCAGCUAUGACUCAGAAACUCGGUAUUCUAGUGGAACACAGUUUGUUCUGAACUACCAUCAAUUUGGUGUCAUUGCUUUCUUCAAAGAAUGUUGACAACUUUAAUAGACCAUAAUUUUAGCAUUGGUCAGUGAUUACAUUUCAAACUUAAGGUUUUAGUGACUCCAUUUAUAGAACGUGAUGUUUAUCCUUUGCUCUGAUGUGAUUAUUUGCAGCUCAAGACACAGUGCUGGGAGGCUAGUUGGUUAGCUCCCUGGGUUAGAGUGUGAUGUCAUAACACAAUGUGAAGCAUUCCUACCAGCCAGCUGCCUCACCCCCAAAAAACAAGUAUGUGAAGUGAAAAGUAUAGAAGGAAAUGCUAUUUACCUUGGACUGCUCUUAGAAGGGCCAUAGAUCUAAGAAUUUGGAGUUCGGCUUGCCUCUGGGAAAUAGACCAUGACAACAAAGAUAAUGUUAGGUUAAGGUUGCAGUAACUUAGAUUAAGAAUACUUCAAGCAAGAGAUUUACAAGUCUUGCUCAUUUUAAAUUUAUUGGGGGGGGGGCAGCUGGCCAGUAUGGGAUUCAAAUCCUUGACCUUGGUGUAAUAACACCCCACUAGCCAACUGAGCGCUCUCCAACCUCCCAUUUUUUAAAUUAAGGUAUUUACAUAAACUAAAAUUCAUCUUUUAAGGUAUGUACUUUGCAAGUUUUGACAAACAUACAGUUCAUCACAAAAUAGAGAGUAGUUGUCAUCCCCCAACAUUACCCGUUGCCCCAUUGUAGUCAACCCCUCUCCUCUACUCCUAGCCCUUGGUAACCGCUGAUCUAUUUUCUAGGCUUAUAAUUUUGUUUUUGUAAGAGUCGUUCCUGGACCUUAAUAGCCUUUUAAGUCUGGCCUCUUUCACUUAGCAUGAUGCAUUUGAGAUUCAUCCAUUUUGCAUAUAUCAAUAAUGUGUUUAUUUUUUCGUGAAUGUAAGACAGUCCAUGUAUUCUUUCCCAGCUGAGGGACAUUGGGUUUCCAGUUUUCAGCAAUUAUGAAUAAAGCUGCUAUAACCAUA